CAGACAAACACACGCGUGUAUCGGCAGCGCGGUUUUUUUUCGGCAGGAUUCUUUUCCUUUUUUUUCGUGUGUUGAACAUACGACGAAAAAUCUCAAACGACAGUAUAUAAUUUUUUGGUGAAUUUGAUCAUUUGGAGUUGACAGUGCGGCAUGAAAACACAGCGCAAAUUAGAAGUAACGGAAGUGGAAUUAGCAUAUCGAGCCAAAAAUUAUCAUGAAUUGAGAGCUCGGAGACAACGAGAACUCUCCUGUGCUUCCUGCGGAAACACUCUCAGUAAUAAUACAGAAGAAAUCUUUUUGCAUCCAACAUUCCAAAUUUUGCAGUGCAGGAAAUGUAACGAACGUACAGAGGACUACCGAGAAUCAAAAAUUUCCAUAGUAUGCCAAAUUUGUUUAGCCUCCUCAAAGAGAUUUUACAAGUGCAACAACAAAGAUUGUUGUUACAAAUUUUGUCAGGCUUGUGUCAAAAGGAAUGCUCCCAAAUCAAUAGCAGAAGCAGAAGCAAAGAGAUGGAAGUGCUUCUUAUGUAACUCGGAGCCCCUGUGGAAGUUACGCGGUGUUGGUGCCACAGUGAUGAAUUUUACAUCCAAAAAGACUAAGAAAAAAAAAAUCUCGAGGAAGAGAUCUAGUGACACUGAAGACGAAAAGUCAAACUUCAAAAAUAUAUCCUACGUGAGGAGUCGUCGUCUCAGCGAGGCUCAACAGUUGAAGAAACGAUUGAGCACAUUUUGCGACGAGGAGAGUCCGAGAGAAAGUCUGGAGCCUUCGCGUCCUCUUCACAAGCAAAAUAAUGAAAGAACCAAGCAAGAACAAAUAGAUCAGAGCAAAAAACUUGAAAAAUAUUAUGGUCAGGGGAAUGUUUUAACAGUUGAUAUAUCGAGCGAUGAUUCGGACGAAAUAAAAUCUCGAAAAAUUAUCGUCGAAAAAGAUUCGCACUCGAGGAAAAAGGAAUCGUCUCACAGAAUUUCGAUGAGCUCACGCAAAUUGCCAAGUCCGAUCACUGAUAGUUCAAGCGAAGAUGAUAACAUGGAAAUGUCUAAAAAAACAUUGCCUAAACGAAAGACCAAAGAUGAAAGUAGAUUUUUGAAAAAAAGGAAAAAAGUUUCGCCCGAUCGAUGUUCCAACAGCGAAGAGGAAGUGAAAGAAAAACGUAAGAAAACAUCGGAAUCAACUUCGAUUCGGGGUAAAUCCACUAAUUUGAAAGGAGGCAGUAAAUCAAAGAUACUUAAUACAGAGAAUGCCAAAUCUAAAAAAGAGACGAAAGACAAAUAUAAGUCGAGACAAUCUCGAAGAGAUCCUUCGUCCGAUAGUGGAGAUUCCGAGGACGGUGAAUCGAAUCGAGGAAAUUCUCGACGUAACGAGACCGACAAACCGGAUGGAAAAUCGAAUAAAUUUCAUAACCAUCGUCGGCUAAUGAAGCAGGAUAGUAUCCCGAGUGAUUCGAGUUCAGGGAGAGAGUUUCGUACAUCUAAAUUAAUCCCACAUAGUUACGUUGUGUUGAAACGAAUCGAGGAGCUUGAGCAUGAUUAUACAAAAACACCGGACUCAAGUCCCCAAGUAUGCAAAGACAUAUUAACGAAAGAUCAGGCAUUCGCGUUGAAAAAUAUGGUUACAAAUUUCUUCGCAGAUCUCAAAAAAGCGGCUACUAAAGUGGUGAACGAUAUCGAAGUUGCACAAGCGCGAUAUUGUAUGAAAAACUCACUGCGACAUACGGACGUUGACAGUCUGAUACUCGAAACAGAAGAUGUCGUUACGAAACUUCAGAAGUGCGUCGAUACCAGGAAAAAUAAAAUGGAAGAUUAUUAUGAAAAGUGGUGCAAAAAAGCGAGACUGAAAAACGUAUUAAAAUCAAAAAGAACGAACACGGAGGAUUCGAAACCUUCGUCCUUGGGGCAAACGUCUAAAAAGUCGCCCAAAAAUAAGAGAGGUUCUUCAAACGAAUCUAGCCCCUCGACUUCGCGAAGAAAAUCUCGUUCUCCGAGUCCUGUUGCAAAGAGCAACGACGAUGAAACCACUAACCUCAACGUCGUUUCCGACUACAAUAGCGAUGAAAUAUUCUCGGACGAUGAUGCAAGGAACGCUUCCAAGAAGAGUAAUCCAAAUUCAUCCAGUCACGAAAAACAAGGAACACCGUCUCACUGUCUUUCGAUUGGAAAAACCUCGAGAAAUGACGAUGUCUCCUCCGACGAGAACUCCAAUAAACAAUCAAUAAAAAAUGUAAGUAAAAGAUUAUUCGAUAAAUCUUCGUCUUCCGUAGAUUCGGUCAGUGGCGAUCGACAGGAAGCAGAGGACAAUUGUGAGGUGGAAAAAAUUACGAAUACUUCCAAAGCAGCAAGACUGAGUACGGAGAGCGUGGACCUAUCAGACAUCGACAUAUUUGAAACUACCAUUGAUUCCGGUAAUGAAGGAAAAAUUGAAGGAAAGAAAGCGAGCAAAACCAAUGACCAAGCCAGCGAUUCUGAGGAUAAUUCCACCCCGGAAGGACCUUCGGAAUCUACAAACUCACGAACAAACCGAAAGAGAAACUCUUCGGGAUCCAGUACCGAUUGCCAGAAGCCCGAUGAAAGAGAUACUUCUGAAUCACCAACAAAUCAACGAGAUUCCCCCAUGGCGAAUUCCGGUAAAGAAGAGGAAAAAACUUCUCCAAAUGAAGAUGAUGAUAACGAAGAUAAAAUAUCCACAAGAUCUCCCACCGUUUCCCCCGUCCAAGAGCUUAUCUCGGAAGAAAAAAUUCUUACAAGUUCAAAAAGCGACGAUAAAAUUGAGAACAUUUCUGGGACUGAGAGACCAAAAGGUCCGGCAUCUCGUGAAUCCACUGAGGAAGGUGGUAACGAUAAAAAUAACGAAGAACCGUUUAAAAUGAAAGAUUCGUUGCAGCAACCCAAUCGGUCGGGGAAUGUAGAACAAGAACCUCAGGAAAUUCCGUCGAUCGAUCACGCUGAUACUGAGACGAAGGAAGAUGAUGAAAAUGAGAUGAAUAACAUAAGUAUUGGUUCGCUCGAAACUGUAAUACAAGAGAUGAAUUAUAAUUUAGAGAAAAAGAGUUCGAAAUUAUUAUCGAGUAACGAUGAGAAUGAGGAGGAUGAAACCCCGAUGAACAUGAGCGACGAUAAUGAGAAAAGAACUGAAAAAGCGGAUUCAUCACCGGCUACGCUUCCUCGAGAAAGAGAUUCUCCAUUGCCACAUGACACGGAAGAGAUCGCGAACGAGAACGAUGAUACAGAACCUGCGGAAUCAGGCUCGAACUCACCGAUUGACAGUACAACGGAACGAGAGUCGCGAAAAAAUAUACCGAAGGUGGAUAAAUCGCGUUCAAAUUCACCGGAGUUGAAAACCUCCAAAAAACAAACGACUGGAAAGGAAAUGCAUAAAAACGAUAGCGACGAGAAAAACAAGAGAGAAAAAUCAAAAUCUAACUCACCGGAAAUAAAUAUUUCCAGAAGAUCCUCUGUGGAUUCUAACGAAAGUGAUGAAACCUCGAUUGAUAAAGGCUCGAAAUCGUAUUCGGGGAUUUCACGAGUUUCAAGGAGUUCUACUCCCUCGGAAACCGAGGAUAUCGAAGCAAGAAACAAAUUAUUGUUAUCGUCGAACAGUGAAGACUCGAGCGGCGAUGAGAAUACGUUCGCUUUACAAAGUUCCAGUAAUCUCGAAAACGAAGAUAUUCCUCCAACUCCACCUGAAUCGGACACGAAUAUUCCAAAAAAUACUGAAAAAGAUAAAAGCGACAAUGACCCCGAGAAAACCGAAAAGCAGAUUGCGAAAUCGAAACGAAAUAAAUUUCGCAUCGAAAAUUAUCCGCAUCUCAAGGCUGAUAAGCGUUUGAGCCAAAAAUGUGAAGUUCGUUUAAAAAGAUUGAAACAAAAAGUUCUUGAUCGGUACUCGAGAGCUUUGGAAAAAUCACGCGAUUAUGUCGACUCAAAAAACCUCAAAAGACUCGUAGCUCUCGAUAAACUCGACAAAAAAAAGACAGUAAACAAAAACUCGGACAGUGAGGAUGAAAACACUUACCGCAAACGCUUGAGGAAUAAAAAGAAAACAACAAAAGAGCGCGAAGAAACCUUGUUGGACCACUUGGAAAAGGUUAAGAACGGUGAACACAUUGAAUUAAGUAACGAAUCUGAGAGCGAAACAUCCAAUAAAGAAGAUAACCGAGUUGAUAAAAACAAACCGAAGGAUCACAGCGAGGAUAGUCUCUUUGCCGAAGCAGACGAAAUGGCGAAAAAACGAUUGCUCGAGAGUUCAGAUUCUGAAACAGGAGAACCAAGUGCCGUCGAAGGUUUAGACAACGACAAGGAUGGAAAAGAAGAAAAGUCCAAAAAAACAGUAAAAGCAGCUGAAAAAAAGGAAAAAUCUGAUAAAAAAUCCAACGAAGAAAAGAAAAAUGAAGAAAAAGCUGAUAAAGGUCGUUGGCGAAAGAACAAACUUUUAACGUUGAAGAUUUCUGAUUCUGAUUCCGAUGAUGAGAAGGAAAAGUUCGAAUCGUCGCAAAAAAAAUCCGCCGAAAAAAAUAAGAACGAAGGGUCAGAUUCGGACGACAGUGAGGAAGAAAAAACCCCGAAAAAGAAACGCGUUCGAAGACAAGUAUUACAUUCAGAUUCAGAUGGCGAAGUAUCGCCACUAAGCGACUCGGAAAGUUCGGAUGAAAGUGACGAAAAUCCAAAGAAAAAGAAAAAACAUGGAAGCGAAGAUGACGGGAAGAAAAAGCGUAAGCGUGUGAGAAGAGGUGACCCUGGUUCAAGUUCGUCGGACUCGUUGGAAGAAAAACGACCAAAAACGCGGAGGAAAAGAAUUAAAGCAGCUGCCAGCGACAGUGACAGCGAUGUCGAGAACUCGCAGAGUAGUCCAAAUAAAUCUGGGAGAAAAAAUAUCCGUAAACUCAUCAGAGACAAACAAGUUGCAGACGUCACCAAACAAGCUGCCAAAGACGAGGAAGAAAGACUCCAACGUAUAGCCGAACGACAAAAAUUGUACAACCAAAUGUAUGAAAGUCGUCUGGCGGACGAAACAAAAGUGGACAAACUCGUCCUGGAUUUCGACGAGGAAACAAAAGAACCUCUGGUGAGCGUUGCCGAGGAGUUGGUGAAGAAAUUGAAGCCUCAUCAAGCGCAAGGAAUAAAAUUCAUGUGGGAUGCAUGUUUCGAAUCAUUGGAGAGGAUAAAGUCAACACCGGGCUCCGGAUGUAUAUUGGCCCAUUGUAUGGGUUUGGGUAAAAGUUUUCAAGUGGUGGCGCUUUCUCACACGUUACUUCAAAACGAGGCGACGGGUAUAAAAACUAUAAUGGUGGUGUGCCCAUUGAGCACAGUACUGAAUUGGACGAACGAGUUCAAAAUAUGGUUGGAAAAUGUGCCGGACGGUGACGACAUCGAGGUUUACGAAUUGACGAAAACUAAGAAGAAUUACGAGAGGAAACAUUACUUGCAAAAUUGGCAGAGAACUGGUGGCGUCAUGAUCAUCGGUUACGAAAUGUUUCGUAAUUUGAUUAACACCGGCAAAAGAGUACGAAAAAAUAUACAAGAUGCACUCUUGCAGUGUCUGGUCGAUCCCGGUCCCGACUUAAUAGUCUGCGACGAAGGGCAUUUGUUGAAAAACGAAGAUACAGCUUUGAGCAAAGCAAUGAGGCGGGUAAAAACCCUUCGAAGAAUUGUACUGACCGGUACACCAUUGCAAAACAACUUAAUCGAGUAUCAUUGCAUGGUUCAAUUUGUAAAACCAAAUUUGCUGGGAACGAAAAAAGAAUUCGCCAACAGAUUUGAGAAUCCCAUAACGAACGGUCAGUUCGACAAUUCGACGGAAUACGAUGUAAGAUUGAUGAAAAAGCGUGCCCACGUAUUGCACAAAAUGUUGGAGGGAAGCGUACAAAGAUUGGAUUAUUCGGUGCUAACGCCGUUUUUACCGCCAAAACAAGAAUACGUGAUUUUCGUCAGAUUAACAAAGGUCCAGAUAAAAAUGUAUCGUCAUUAUUUGGACAAUUAUGCUCGACGAGCCGGUGGCGUUGGUGGUUCGUUGUUCGCCGAUUUUCAGGCGCUUCAGCGUAUCUGGACACAUCCGCUGGUGAUGCGAUUGAGCCAGAAACAAAAGGAUCUCGCUAACGAGAAGAAACGAAUGGAUUCGGAUUCCGAAGGAUCGCUGCGAGAUUUCAUCAACGACGACACCAGCGGGAGCUCUUCGGGCAGCGACGUCCAGUCGAUCAGUAAUUCUGACGACUCUAGUAAAAAAACAAAACGAGGAACCCGAGCAAAUCCUAUUAAAGAAGAGCCAGGAGUUGUAAACUUGGAGAACAAUGAAGAGCCGCGCAGCGACGAAUGGUGGGCACAGUUCGUCGAAAAAGAGGAUUACGAAGAUAUGAGAGUAUCGUCUAAAUUAUUGGUACUUUUUGCAAUCUUAAAACAAAGCCAUGCGAUCGGCGAUAAAGUUCUCGUUUUUUCACAAUCGUUAUUCUCGUUGACUUUGAUCGAAGAAUUUCUUCGUAUGAUCGACGAUGCGACACAAGCCGGUAACGACGAUUCGGAGAAUUUGGACAAGCAUUCGGGCAGUUGGUCUUUGGGAUUGGAUUAUUUCAGACUCGAUGGUCAAGCUUCAACGGAUAAUAGACGUCGAUGGUGCGAAAUAUUUAACAAACCGACCAAUACGAGAGCUCGAUUAUUUUUGAUAUCCACGAGAGCUGGCGGGCUCGGCAUUAAUUUGACAGCUGCUAAUCGAGUUAUUAUAUUCGACGCAAGCUGGAAUCCUUCUCACGAUGUACAAAGUAUAUUCCGAAUUUACCGCUUUGGUCAAAAAAAGCCUUGUUACGUUUAUCGAUUACUUGCUGCGGGGACCAUGGAAGAAAAAAUUUAUAAUCGUCAAGUUACAAAAUUAUCACUCUCUUGUCGGGUCGUUGAUGAGCAACAAAUCGAGAGACACUACACUAACAAUGCCCUCGCCGAACUUUACGAGCUCGACCCAUGCGAGGAUGAGAAAACUCUUAAUCUGCCAAAAGAUCGAUUGCUCGCUGACAUCUUUUUACAAUACAAACAGUGCGUUUUCAAUUAUCACGAGCACGAUUCUUUGUUGGAGAAUCAAGCGGGUGAAGAGUUGGACGAGGAAGAGAGAAAACAGGCUUGGCUCGAAUACGAAGAGGAGAAAAAGGGCAAAAGAAUUUUACCGCCACCUGCUUUCACGAAUUAUCAAGAUGAAUUAUUCAUGCAGCAAACAAAUCUCAUAUUGUCCCAACAAAAUCCCGUUAUGGCCAAUCCCGCUAUGAUGCUCGAUUACGAAAAUAUCAGGCAAAUGAUAUCGAAAGAUUAUCCGCUGUUUUCGGAAGCUCAGCAAAGAGCAAUGGCAACUCGCACUGUUCAAGAAAUGUAUAAUUACGUUGAACGUCAAACCAUGGCCAAUCAACACUCUCGAGUUAACCAAAUGCCGCUCCCCAACCAAGUACCACCUGCUAAUCAAGUUCCACGGACUAUGUUGAAUAGCUUACUCGUUGAUAAUCUUCUAGCUCAACAAUCAGCGCCUAUUCCCACACAUCCAACACCUGAAAUGAUACGAAUGUAUCAGCAGAGCCUGCUCCCGCAAAAUGGACAAUUGAAUUAUCCGACCAACCAGAAUGUUAUAGCCGACUCUUCGGGCCCUGCUCGAAACCCAUCUAUACCGCAAAUACCACCAUUACCUUCCCAAUCGUCAGCUGUGCCACCGGCUGUCACCGACGAUGACAUCAUCGAGAUUCCUUCGUCGCCUGAAAAAAUUCUCGGCACUUCUCCUGCACCGGGUGGAAGCCGCAAGAGUCAAGAGGAAUAAACCGACUUCAGAAAAAAAUUUGUGAUUUUUUCGAACCUGGUCGACCGGGGGUAAGCUGGUCUCUCCGUAUUUGAUAUUAAUUCAAGUUUAAAAGUUACUGUUCUCAUAAGAAAAUAUGUAAGUUCUCACGACAAUGACUUAUAUUUCGUUGUUUGUAUACGAUUUCCCAUAAAAGAAAGGAAAAAUUACAACAAGAAACCUGUAUAGUAUACACGAAUCCGUGUUCAAGAUAACACUUCUAUGAUUUGAAAUGUUGUUGUAUUACUGAUGUGAAUGAACGAAGCCGAUUGAUGUAUGCACAAGAAAAUGGCGCUCGUAGAGUGAUAAGAAUGCAGAAUGAGAGAUAUUUUAUAUUUAAUCUAUAAUGGUAUCUCAUAGAAUGCAUACGAUUAAUUAUUCCUGCUUGCACCAUGAGAGUCGAUGCAAUUUGUUUUAAGAUAGUUUCAUAGACCUUCAACUGUAUAUGCGUUAGCGUUUCAACACGAUUAGUAGAAGUACGGAAUGAAAAACGAGAAAAUAAAUGAUAAAGCUCUGCA